UCUUCCCUGACCCAGAGGAGGCACCCUUAUCCGGCUCAAGACCAUCUUGUCUUUUCAACCAAUUAAAAUAUAGAGGAGGCGGGACUGGUGAAUUGCAGCUGUUAACCUAUUGGUCAAGACAAUUAAAAGCAGUACUAGAACAAAUAUUGGAAUUUCAUUUCAAGCAGUGUUUGAGGUCAAUUUAAACCUAUAUGGGACCGGUAUUAAUUGCCUAAAGCAUGAUGUUUUUUGCUUGAUAUCUGACUUUUGGCAUUGAAUAGAUAACAAUAAGCUUGUUGUUAGCGUUGUUCAGUGUACACUGCAGAAUAGUAUUUAGGCUCAAGCUGAGAUAAGAUUAACUGGACUUAAAAUGUGUUUUUACAACCAUCAAGUCUAAGGAGGAAAAGGAAGUAAAUGUAAGUGAUGAAGAUGUGUAACAGGUCCUCUGUCAGUCACUGAGUCUGCACGCAUGGACCCACACACACAGAUUGUGUGACACAGCCCUCCUUCAGCUGAUCUGGAACUAGUUUAAAGACCAGCAGCAGCAUGGAGCACAUGUCCUCUCCGGUCCGAUUUCGCAGCAAUAAAAAAGUUGUCCAGUUUCACCAUCGAGGACCAAGAAGACACACAGUUCCCAUUCUCCAUGAGGGAUCUACCUCCCGUCGCUCGUGCUGCAGGACGCUUUCAGAGCUCAGGUUACCACGAGGCGGAGGAAACGCUGACUGCCUCCAACGGGCUGCAGAGCUUCUCCGGGACUUCUUCUCUGCCCCGUUCCAUGCACUUCCCUCCCGUCGAUUGUCCAACAGUCCCUCCCAGACCGACCCGUGCAGGACCAGAUCCACAGUGUCUGCCUGUGAAGAAGCCGCUCGUCUCUCAGGUGUCUCUGGACUCUCCGCUCAGCCCGGCCUCACGACCACGAAGCCCCUGGGGACGUUUUGACCCCUAUGACUCUCCAGAGGAUCAGGAUAAGGAGUAUGUGGGUUUUGCCACACUGCCCAAUCAGGUCCACAGAAAAACAGUAAAGAAAGGUUUCACGUUUACUGUCAUGGUGGCAGGAGAGUCUGGUCUUGGUAAAUCCACAUUAAUCAACAGUUUGUUCCUCACGGACAUCUACAAAGACAGAAAAGUUCCUAAUGCAGAAGAACGAAUCUGUCAAACGCUCGGCAUAACCAAGCACACCAUCGGCAUUGAGGAGAAAGGAAUCAAACUGAGGCUCACCAUCAUCGACACACCGGGGUUUGGAGAUGCAGUCAACAACACAAAGAGCUGGAAGCACAUCGAAGACUACAUCGACCAGCAGUUUGAGCAGUAUUUCAGAGACGAGAGCGGCUUGAACAGAAAGAACAUCCAGGACAACCGAGUCCACUGCCUCCUCUACUUCAUCUCACCGUUUGGUCACGGGUACAUUUCUCUUCCACGAAUGACGAAACCAGCAAGCGCCUCAGCUUCGACUUUAAAUAUGCUUCUCUUUGUCAGCCUUCGACCACUUGAUGUGGAGUGUAUGAAGGCCUUGCACGCAAAGGUUAACAUCAUUCCUCUUCUGGCCAAAGCUGACGGCCUGACGCAAACGGAGGUCUGCAAAAAGAAGAUGAAGAUCAGGGAGGACAUCAGGCAGUUUGGGAUCCACAUCUACCAGUUUCCAGACUGUGACUCAGAUGAAGAUGAAGACUUCAAGACACAAGAACAGACUCUGAAGGACAGCAUACCAUUCGCCGUCAUUGGUAGCAACAUCCAAGUGGAGAGCAAAGGCCGRAAGUUCAGGGGUCGCGCCUAUCCAUGGGGUGUGGUAGAAGUGGAGAACCCAGCUCAUUCUGACUUCUUGCUACUGAGGAACAUGUUGGUGAGGACGCACAUGCAGGAUCUGAAGGACGUGACUCGGGAGAUACAUUACGAGAACUACAGGGCUCAGUGCAUUCAGAACAUGACGCGCAUGAUGGUGCAGGAGAGGAAACGCAGUUUGAGGGAGAAGUAUCGAGAGGGAGGCGAAGUAGACUUUCCUCUGCCGCUAGCGACCGAUGACGCCGAGAAGGAGAGGCAGAUCUUUGAGAAAGAUGAAGAA